AUAAAAUGAUUGUAUCUGAAGCAAGUUUGGGUCCUCUGGUUAGAUCUACUGCUAUUGAUGCGUUUAGAGCUACAGUGCACACAAAUUUAUAUUCCUUUUAUAAGAGUGUGUAUGCCCAAAGAGCCAACGAUGUGCGAAUGAUCACUCAAAGGCAUAAACUUUCAGCAUGGAGUUAUGAGCAUUUUAUGGAGAAAGUUUUCAUGCUUGAAGAUCAAUAAGUUUCUAAUAUGAAAUCUUUAUCCAAACAAGACAAUUGGCCACUCCAUGAUUACCAUGAAAAAUAUAUUAUGAAAACAUUAUCAUUACGAGCACUGCAAUGUAAUUAUUCAAGCGCAAUCAAUACCAUCACCAUUACCACUAAUACUAAUAAUAAUAAUAAUAAUAAUAAUAAUAAUAAUAAUACAAACCAUAUCAUAUUAAAUGAUAAUAAUGAUAGCCAUAGAUUAUUGACUGACCGAGAAAAGCAAUAUCUAAGAUGCUCUAUUUGUCAACGUAGAUUCCAUUCAGAAGGAAAUCUCUUUAAUCAUAUGCAGCUAUACCACUAUUCUUUGCUCUCUGUAAAGCAAUAAAAAAUACACGUAUCGUUUCCAAUCAAUAGAAUAAAGUACUGAGAAGGAAUUUUUUUUUUUCGGAACGUGUGAGUGUAUCAAAGGGAG